UGGGCGGGAACGGUUUCCUCACAUUUGCAUAAUUAAUUAACAACCCUGGAGUUUGCCCAGCUUCUAGUGGGGGAAAUGGAUCUCUGCAUCUUUAAGGCUUCCGCGGGGCUGUCUGCUCUGGCGACGCAGGCAGGGCAGGCUCUGCCGCAGCGACUCAUCCCAUCGCUGAGGUCCAGUUAGCCAAGGUGGAGGAUGGGAAAAGAAUGGAGCUGUCCCAGCUCCUCAAUGAGAUCAGGGCAAACUAUGAACAGCUCCUCACCAGAAAUCAGAUAGAGACGGUGCUGUCAACACGGAUCCAGGUAAUGAUUUCAUUCAGCCAGGCACCUUCAGGAUAAGGAGACAGUCCAUGUCUACCCGAUUCCUGUCCCGGCCUCUCUGAGCUAGAGGAAGAUAUAACCAAAAAAAUGGACAAGGAUGGAGAAGCUCUGAAGGCAGCUCAGGCUGAACUCAAGGAGGCGCGCCGGCAGUGCCACCAUCUGCAAGUGGAAAUCGAGUCUCUCCACGCUGUGGAAAGGGGCCUUGAAAACUCCCUGCAGGCCAGUGAGCAGCACUACCAGAUGCAGCUGCAAGAUCUGGAGUCAGUGAUUGGCAGACUAGAGAAGGAGCUGCAGGAAGUGAGGCGUGGCAUCGAGAGGCAGCUUCAAGAGCAUGAGAUGCUUCUCAACACCAAGAUGAGGCUGGAGCAGGAAAUAGCCACUUACCGCCGCCUGCUAGAACAGGAAGAGAUCAGAUAUUAUGGGUGUAUCCAAGGAGAGAAGAAAGAAGAAAAGCUUACCAAGAGUAAAGUUGGCUUUCUUCUCCCCUCAGCCAUUAUAAAUGAAAUAUCCUUUUCAACAAAAGUUUCCCAAAAGUAUGAAAAUGAAACCAUGGAGUCAGUGACCAAACAGGCAGUAGUGAAUGGAGACACGGUGAAGGAGAGCGCCCAGGCCCAUGGCACCAUUCAGACAGAGAAAGUGGAUGAAGUCAUAAAAGAAUGGGAAGGUUCAUUCUUUAAGGAUAACCCUCGACUGAGGAAAAAGUCUGUUUCUCUCCGGUUUGAUCUGCAUUUAGCAGCCACUGAUGAGGGCUGUUUAGAGAGCAGACAAGAUCUUCCAGAUAUCGAAGUCAGGCUUAUCAUGAGAAGGUCCUGUAGUAUCCCCUCCAUCAAACCCCCCCCAGCAACCGACUAACCCAGAGAUCGUAUUCACCAAGGGCACUAGGAUGGACCUACGUAAGCCAUGCAGACCCCCAGUCCCAAGUGGAAGGUGUUUUAUAUGUAUGGAGAAUGUUCAGGUGCUGUGGGCUGGGACUCUCUUCAGAGAAUACAUAAGGAAGAGGUGAUGUUGCUAGGACUCCAAAGAUGAGCUUUUUUUUUUUUGAGAGGGGUUGCUUAAAAAUAAAACAGAAAUCCAGUGUAGAUUCUGUUUUAUUUCUCAUCUAAAUAGUCUUUAUUCUGAUGAGCUUUAUCGGAGACUUUAAGUAUUAGUCUGUAAUUUUCCUCAAAGGCUGAACAUCCUAAGGAGAAUAGAAUAGCUUGUUUGAAAACUGAAGAAUUACAGUGAAUUAUUCUUCGUGGCUCCAGGACCAGCUGAACCUAGAAUGUUCUACUUCUAAAAAGGCAGCAGUUAAGAACAAACAUUUAAGGAGGAGAUUUUACAUUCACUUAGGACUUUUACUUUUGAGACAAUCAUUUGAACCCUGGGAAUUACAGCGUUCCCUCCAUGAGCAAUUCUGAAUGAAGCAUAGCGCAUACCCCCAUGGCAUUCCGAUGAUUAAUACAAUUGGGUUACUCUGUAUCUUAAAGCUUUUUUUAAAAUCAGUAUCAGAGAGUCAGCUUGUUGAAAGAUAAAGGAUACACACACACACACUCCAGCUGUACAAACCUUUUAAAGCACAUUGAAAAGGUGGUUGACUCCAGUUACUAGAAUUACCCAGCUGCUCACCAUCUGCACUUCCAGCUGUAAAAUGAAAUGUGAAUAGUGUUUGCUGUGGGCCUUAGAGGAAAGAGUUUAUGAACUUGGAGAAAUAGUCCUUGCAGUCAUUUCUGUGAACUAACAGCAUAGUAUUGCUAUCUCAGCUAAGAGUGUCUGCAGAACUUGUUCUUAAAUUGUUCAAACUAUAAUAAAUAGAGAUGUAAAAUAUAUUUGUGAAUAAGAGAAUUGUUGCAAAGGUUUUGUUUUGGGUUAUUUUAAUUAUUUAUUUACUAUAUGUGUAUUCUUGCACACCAGAAGAGGGCACCAGAUCUCAUUACAGAUGGUUGUGAGCCACCAUGUAGUUGCUGGGAAUUGAACUCAGGACCUCUGAAAGAGCAGCCAGUGCUCUUAACCUCUGAGCCAUCUCUCUAGCCCCGUUGCAAAGUU